GCGGUCACACUGGAGCUUCCGAAGGUGGAAAAUGCAGGAAAAGCUUGCAACAAAUUGUCGGCACAGACUCCACUUCCGUUAUUAUUGGGGCGUCAGCGGCGUUAAUGUUAGUAAACAAACCGAAAGUUCUUCAUCGAAGAGAACUUAAUUCCGCCUCGUAGAACCAUUAUUGAUUGGCGAUGGAUGUGCCAGAGUUUUGCGAAAAUCUGGAGGAGAUCGAGGAUGAAACUUUCGACGAGGAAAAGUCCGCGAGAACCUCAGAUGAAAACCGCAAGCAGAAUCACAGCGAGAUCGAGAAACGGCGGAGGGACAAGAUGAACACCUACAUAAACGAACUGUCCUCCAUGAUCCCCAUGUGCUUCGCCAUGCAGCGGAAGCUGGACAAGCUUACAGUGCUCCGGAUGGCGGUUCAGCAUCUACGGGGAAUACGUGGCAGUGGCAGCCUGCAUCCCUUCAACGGAUCCGAUUACCGGCCCAGCUUCCUCUCCGACCAGGAGCUCAAGAUGAUCAUCCUGCAGGCCUCAGAGGGAUUCCUGUUCGUCGUUGGUUGUGACCGGGGACGCAUCCUUUACGUCUCCGACUCGGUGUCCAGUGUGCUGAACAGCACCCAGGCGGAUCUGCUGGGCCAGAGCUGGUUCGACGUCCUGCACCCCAAGGAUAUUGGCAAGGUCAAGGAGCAGCUGUCGUCGCUGGAGCAGUGUCCCAGGGAAAGGCUCAUCGAUGCGAAGACCAUGUUACCCGUGAAGACCGACGUGCCACAGAGCUUGUGCCGCCUGUGUCCUGGUGCCCGGCGAUCCUUCUUCUGCCGCAUGAAGCUACGCGCCGCCAACAACGAACAGAUCAAGGAGGAGUCCGACACUUCCUCCAGCUCCCGCAGCUCCACGAAGCGCAAGUCCAGGCUGAGUACGGGCCACAAGUACCGGGUGAUUCAGUGCACGGGAUACUUAAAGUCUUGGACUCCCAUCAAGGACGAAGAUCAGGACGGCGACAGCGACGAGCAGACCACGAAUCUUUCCUGCUUGGUAGCCAUAGGUCGUAUCCCUCCGAACGUAAGGAACUCCACGGUACCCGCCUCGCUGGACAAUCACCCGAAUAUUCGGCACGUGCUCUUCAUCUCGCGACAUUCCGGCGAGGGAAAGUUCCUGUUCAUCGACCAGCGCGCCACCCUCGUCAUCGGUUUCCUGCCCCAGGAGAUCCUGGGCACCAGUUUCUACGAGUACUUCCACAACGAAGACAUCGCCGCCCUGAUGGAGUCCCACAAGAUGGUGAUGCAGGUGCCCGAGAAGGUGACCACGCAGGUCUACCGCUUCCGGUGCAAGGACAACAGCUACAUCCAGCUGCAGAGCGAGUGGCGGGCCUUCAAGAAUCCCUGGACGAGCGAGAUCGACUACAUAAUUGCCAAGAACUCGGUCUUCUUAUAAGGCAUACAAACGUUCCUCAGGGGAACGAUUAUUUUAUUUAUUGUAAACGCCUACAAUUACAUUCCGAAAUUUGUAUACACUCCAAAGACCAUCUUCCGCAUCGAGUUGCUCGCGCCGGCGGUUGAAAUUCCAUACUUCGAUGUACAGGCUCUAGUUAAUGAUAAGCUCGUCAUUUUUGUACCACAUCAAUUAAACCAAUGGACAACUUUUGAAAAAGA